AUGAUGUUGAUUCUUCCAGCACUGUUGGUCGCAGUAAUACUUCUAGCAAGAUGGUAUUCCAAGCCUAGGACGAUCCCCGCCUACAAAGGCGAGGGCUUCUUCUCCUUCCUCAGCGACGCCCACGACUACGCAGUCAAGCCCAUCUCGCUCAUCCGUCGAGCUCAAUCCCAAUGCGGUAACAUCUUCUCGAUUCAGAUCCUAACGGUCCACAAUGUCUGGCUUCGUGGAAAUGAGCUCAACAAGGCUUAUCUCGACAUGCCCGAGAAGGCUUGGUCUUUCGGCCACGGAAUGGGAAUAUUUCUCAACAAGAUACUCGACCCUGGAUACAUGGAUAAUAUCAGGGUCAUGGUCGGCUCCCUCAGCCGGUACAUCAACCGCGCCACGGCUCAGGCGCACAUGGCCAAGUGUACCGUGGAGGAGACGCACCGCUGCGCACUUGAGUGGACGACCAAGACCGAUGUGGAGCUCUUUGACGGCGUGUCCGAAUUGACGCACAAGGUCAUUGUCAGAACGUUGAUGGGCGAUGACUUUUACGAGUCGAGCGAAGAGCUCUUGGGCUUAUUGCACGCGAUGGAGUCCGAUAUUGGCAGCAUCUGGUCCUUUGUGCUGCCCGACUGGGUGCCUCACCCCCCGGCGAGGAGGUUGCAUCGCGCUCGUGAGCGCGUGAAGGAGAUCUUUUGGGAAAAGCUUAGCCAGCGACACGUCGCGGCGAAGAACGGUGACCUCGAGACUGACCUGCCGGACUACAUCACGCACACGCUGCACGAACAGAGCAUGGCGCCUUUGAGGCACUUUCUUCCUUCUCAUCACACUGUUUUGAUGUUUGCUGCUCACACUUCCACAGUCGCUGCGAUCUCGUGGGUCGUGGUAUGCCUUUUACGCCAUCCCGAUGUCAUGGCAGCCGUGAAGAGAGAUGCCCGUAACGGAAAUACAGACUCGGCGCUUCUACAGGCCUGUAUCAAGGAGACGAUGCGCUACUAUGCAGGCAUGAAGUGCCUCCGUCUCGCGAUGCAGGAAGUACCUGUCCCAGGUACGGAUAUUAUCGUGCCAAAGGGCUCAGUUGUGUCCAUCUCGCCCUACUUGACACACCAUGACCCCGCCAAUUAUCCGAACCCGGACACCUGGAUGCCCGGACGUUGGCUCAAUGCCGAGAACAAGCUUGUUAACCUCGAAGAAAAGGACGGCAACAGUGUGAAGAGCAUGCUGUUUGGCGGCGGCAGCCAUCGAUGUCCAGGAGAGAAGAUGGCCAUGAUCAUUGUGACGCAGACCUUAACGACGCUGUUGCGGUCCUACGAUAUUACCUGGGCUUCGCCGGACCAGCCUCGGACUGUUGACUUUGAAGACCUCGAUUUUGACAAGGUUGGCUCCCCUUGGCUGAAGGGUGACUUGAAAGUGAAGGUUUCUAGGAGAAAGUGGCCCGAGAUUAUGGCGGGAUGUUGA